CUAAACUUCUCAGAAAGUUCAUAAAACUUGCAGAAUGCGGGAGGGACUGUGUGAGGAGAUUACACGUGAACGUCUAUUUCAGCUGUGGCUAAGCCCGUGCUCAUCUGAGGAGGGAAAUAAUUUAGGAUUAGAUGGGCUGUGUAAUCUCUUUAUAGACGGUGUGCCAUCUCAGCAGACAUACCUGCCUACCUCUACAUCUCAUACCCCUGAAGGCACCGCGGCUCUCUCUCUCUCUCUCUCUCUCUCUUCACAUGCAUUAUGGAUAGUAAGACAUCCAAAGAUGCCAGCUGCGUCUGCGUGUUUCACUGAAAGACUUUCUGUUGUUCACGUUCUGUGCCUUUCGGCUGGGACUGUACAUGGAGCUGCCGAUACACACCCAAAUCGAAGUCAUACCCUGCAAAAUCUGCGGAGACAAAUCCUCAGGUAUCCACUACGGAGUCAUAACGUGUGAGGGAUGUAAGGGUUUCUUCAGACGGAGUCAGCAGAACAACGCGUCCUACUCGUGUCCCCGCCAGAGGAACUGCCUCAUCGACAGAACUAACCGCAACCGCUGCCAACACUGCCGCCUGCAGAAAUGUCUCGCCCUGGGGAUGUCCAGAGACGCGGUGAAGUUCGGACGCAUGUCGAAGAAGCAGCGCGACAGCCUGUACGCCGAGGUGCAGAAGCACCAGGCGAGGCUGCAGGAGCAGAGGCAGCAGCAGACGGGCGAGGCCGAGGCUCUGGCCCGCGUCUACUCCUCCAGCCUCUCCAACGGACUGUCCACGCUCAACCACGAGAUCGGCGGCACCUACGCCAACGGACACGUCAUCGAGCUGCCCAAAGGCGGCCACGGCAACGGAGGCGGAGUCCCUGGGGGGUAUUACGGGAUGGAUUCCACCCAGCCGUCUCCGGACCAGUCCGGGCUGGACAUGUCAGGCAUGAAGCACAUUAAGCAGGAGCCCGUGUACGACCUGACGCCGGUGCCAAACCUGUUCAGCUACGUAGGCUACCAGGACAGCCAGCUGGGGCCCAACAACGUCAGCAUGGGGGAGCUGGACCGCAUCGCUCAGAACAUCAUCAAGUCUCACCUGGAGACGUGUCAGUACACGACGGACGAGCUGCAGACGCUCGCCUGGCAGACGCACUCCUACGAAGAAGUCAAGAUGUACCAGAGCAAGCCGCGGGACGCUCUGUGGCAGCAGUGUGCCAUCCAGAUCACACACGCCAUCCAGUACGUGGUGGAGUUCGCCAAACGCAUCUCAGGGUUCAUGGAGCUGUGCCAGAACGACCAGAUCCUCCUGCUGAAGUCAGGGUGUUUGGAGGUAGUGUUGGUGCGGAUGUGCCGGGCGUUCAACCCCCUCAACAACACGGUGCUCUUUGAAGGGAAGUACGGAGGCAUGCAGAUGUUCAAAGCUCUAGGUUGUGAUGACUUAGUGAGCGCCGUGUUCGACUUUGCCAAAAGUUUAUGUUCCCUGCAGCUGACAGAGGAGGAGAUCGCUCUGUUCUCUGCUGCUGUACUAAUCUCUACAGAUCGGCCGUGGCUGAUGGAGCCUCGCAAAGUCCAGAAGCUGCAGGAGAAGAUCUACUUUGCUCUGCAGCACAUUAUGCAGAAGAACCACAUGGACGAAGACGCUCUGGCUAAGCUGAUCAGCCGGAUCCCGACUCUGUCGGCGCUGUGCACGCUGCACACCGAGGAGCUGCAGGCCUUCCAGCAGCUGCACCCGGAGACGGUCAACAUCCUCUUCCCUCCGCUCUACAAAGAACUCUUCAACCCCGACCCAAACUCCGCCAUGGCCAUGCCCAAGUGACCGCCACGCGGCCGCGAUGCAACAAACGGACCCAGAAAAUAAAACGCCAAGCAGCGGCCGAGUCGAUGCUCGGCGAGCCUCAUUUCAGGCUGGAAUCAUCCGGCAGAAAAUCACAGUUAAACGCCAACAAAACUAGGAAUGUCCAGCACUUAUUCACCGUCCUGUUUUCACCGAUACAGUCUGAAGAAUGUAUAUAGAAAUCAAACGCACCCCAACAAGCCACAACUUAAAGCGGGCGGAGCUUAAACUGUUAAACUGACUGACUGACCAGAAAUGUACAGACUUUAAAAAAAACA